AUGCUUUCGUAUCACCAAUAUUUUUGGUUGAGGAGUAUUUUGCAACGUACUCCAAACAAUUCCAUGUCUUCCCCCCGAAAGAUAUAUGGCCCACCUUUACUGAAGAACAGGGAAUAAUACCUUUGAUGGCACCAAGUUUUCGUCGCCGUGCAGGGCGACCACGGUUGAAUAGGUUCCGUAACACGAUGGAUGAAGCGCCGAGUAGAUCAAACAAAGCUUGUGGUUUUUGCAAACAAAUAGGUCACAAUAGAUCAACUUGUCCAAACAAUCCUUCAUCAUCAAGGUAAUCUAGUUUUGCACCUUAUAAAUUUGCUUCUAAAUGAAUAUGCGUUGUAAUUUUAUGAUGUGUAUCUAACUUCUUUUUAAUAGGUAUGGCCGACCGAACUAGACGUGCUCGUUCAGGUCGACGCACAUCGCAUCGUACUACUGCAGAAAAUGUCGCAGUGCAGCUUAGUAUAGCAUCACUUGGAGAUUCCCAUAGAGCGCAUGACCCAGAGCAUGUACGUCAAAUAAAUUACUUUCAGUAUUUAUUACUUAUGUCAAGCUAAAAGAUCUAAUUAAUUAUAAAAUAUUUGAACUUUUUAGGCAUCUCCUCUAAUAGCGUCAGCUCAUCUGCGAAUGGCUAGGGAAUGGCCAAUUGAGUGCCCACGGAUGAUAUACGUGUUGAAUAAUCUGGGUUUUCAGAACCUCAGGCAUUUGCAGUUUAUUAGGUUGGAUCACAACCUGAUUCAGGCAUUGGUGGAGAGGUGGUGCCCAUUAACAAACACAUUUCAUUUUACAAUUGGCGAGAUGACUAUCACAUUGCAGGAUGUCCAAAUUUUACUGGGGCUUAGAAUUGAUGGACCAGCAGUGGUAGGCCCAAAUGUUGUUGGGCAAGGACGUAUAUGGGCAACAUGGCCGGAUUGCUGUGACGAGUUACUUGGCAUGCAUCCCAGCAGGGAAACAGUCUAUCAUGACCCCAAUGAUGAGGAAGACGUUGCGACAUUUAGGAUGGGUUCUUCACAAAUUGAUUCUAUGCUCCCACUGCGUUGGCUCCGCUGGACAUUUUAUAGAGAAUCCUAUGAUGAUUUGGCACCGGAGAUUUUCCUACGACAUGUUCGUGCAUAUAUCCUAUUCAUGAUAGGUUGUUUUCUAAUUCCAGAUACAUCACGGAUUCAUGUUUCGCUACAAUGGCUACCUCUACUAGUGGAUGUUGACAGCUUCAGUAGGAUGUCAAUUGGUGGUGCUGUUCUUGCACACCUUUAUAGGGAGCUGUGUUAUGCCACAAGACCAACAAGGACAUAUAUAGCGGGUUGUGUGGCACUACUGCAAGUUUGGUCCUGGGAACGAUUGUAUAUUGGUAGACCAACACUCCGUGUCCCUCAGAUUAUUGACUUAGCCGGCCGUCCAUUGGGUUGCAGGUUCGUAAGCUUUGGUCAAUACAAUAUAUUUUCUUAUUUCAUUACUAAUGGUUCAUACAAAUAUAUAGGUGGGUUGAAGAUAGGAUAUGUGAGCUACCUGCAGGCAAUACGAUGACGUAUAGAGAUGACUUCGAUGGGUUGCGUAUGA